AUGUUUGCAUUCAAAGCUGAAGAGCAGAGCCAGCUGCAGAUCGUGGAAAGAGAAGAGAUCGAAGAUGAAGAAGAACUGUUCGAAGCAAUUGACAAACUGACAGCUCAUGGAAUCAAUGCUGGAGAUGUGAAGAAGCUGCAGGAUGCUGGAAUCUAUACGUGCAAUGGUCUAAUGAUGCACACGAAGAAGAAUCUGACUGGGAUCAAAGGACUGUCUGAGGCAAAAGUUGAUAAGAUCUGUGAAGCUGUAGAAAAGAUAGUGAACUUUGGUUAUAUUACUGGAAGUGAUGCUCUGUUGAAAAGGAAAUCAGUCGUUCGCAUCACAACUGGAAGUCAGUCUCUAGAUGAACUCUUAGGGGGUGGCAUCGAAACUUCGGCAAUCACAGAAGCUUUUGGGGAGUUCAGAUCUGGAAAAACACAGCUGGCUCACACUCUCUGUGUUUCCACACAGCUUCCAACUAGCAUGAAAGGAGGAAAUGGGAAAGUUGCUUACAUCGACACAGAGGGGACAUUCCGACCGGAUCGAAUCAUACCCAUUGCUGAAAGAUUUGGAAUGGACCCAGGAGCUGUGCUUGACAAUAUCAUAUAUGCCCGUGCUUACACAUAUGAGCAUCAGUACAAUCUGCUUCUUGGUCUAGCAGCCAAAAUGGCUGAGGAGCCUUUCCGUCUUCUGAUUGUUGAUUCGGUAAUAGCCCUUUUUCGGGUUGACUUCACAGGCAGAGGAGAACUUGCAGAACGUCAGCAAAAAUUGGCUCAGAUGCUCUCGAGGCUGAUGAAGAUAGCCGAGGAAUUCAAUGUGGCUGUCUACAUGACCAACCAGGUUAUUGCUGACCCUGGAGGGGGAGUCUUCAUUUCUGAUCCUAAGAAGCCAGCUGGUGGUCACGUCUUGGCCCAUGCAGCCACCAUAAGGCUCAUGUUCAGGAAAGGCAAAGGCGAGCAACGUGUCUGCAAGGCUGAGACUGUAAAACAAGUCAUUAUUGGGAGCUGA